GAACAGCAGAGUAAUCCUGUAAAAAAACAACGUCGACAACAUGCCAGAUAAGCGAUCAUCUAGUAUUCCAAAAUAUACUGACGCAUCGUCAGAAAAACCGUUAAAAACAACAGAAGAGUACGAUUGCGAGCGAAGGGGGUACAAGUUAACAAAGAAUUGCUUGGGUAGUGGUGCAUAUGCAAAAGUCAAACUUGCUUAUGUUAACAACUCAAAACUUGAAAAGGAUAAAAGGUUAGCAGAUGAACUGAAGGAGAAAGGCACAAAUAAGGUAGCUAUCAAAAUAAUUUCGAGAAAGAGCGCACCAAACGAGUACAUUAAUAAGUUUAUGCCAAGAGAAAUUGAGACGUUACAUGCUACAUACCGCUUCCCGCAUGUUAUCCAGUUGUACGAAACAUUUCGAACAGAAAACCGUGUUUAUUUAGUAAUGGAAUAUGCGUCCAAAGGAGACUUACUUGAAUACAUUAACACAAGGUCAGGUAAAUCACCAGGAAUAGGGGAAACGAAAGCCAAGAUAUUUUUUAAGCAGCUCAUAGCGGGAGUUCAACAUUGUCAUCGACGCAACGUCACACACAGGGAUUUAAAAUGUGAAAACAUUCUUAUUGAUGAUGAUGAAGAAAUUAUUAAGCUAUCAGAUUUUGGAUUCGCGACCAGAUUUCCUACUAACAAAGUAAAAAUGCUGGAAACCUUUUGCGGUAGUUAUGCUUAUGCAGCUCCUGAAAUACUACAAGCCGAAAAAUAUGAUGGAAAAAUUGCUGACAUAUGGAGCAUAGGUAUAAUUCUCUUCGCUAUGAUCAACGGAAGGCUUCCUUAUAACGACAGAGACAUUAGAACUCUCAUUAAACAAACAAAAACAAAACCAAGAUUUUCAACUCGUGUCCAGGUAACCGCAGCUUGUCAAGACUUGGUCUGUAAAAUACUUACACCAGAGGCGACACGCAGAGCGACCUUGAUGGACAUCAUUAGACACCCAUGGAUGAGUUCAGAGGAUGCAGCAUAUAAUAAAUCGCCUCGUGGAAUUCCUGAUGGCAAAAGUAACGAAGUAGUGGCUAAUGAGCUGGCAAACGAUGUUCCAAAAUAUAAUUUAUCCAUCAACAAGAAAGUUAUUUACCAACCAUACACGCAAAGAGUUCUUCAACGUGAGAGAUGGAUGGCGAAAGUGCCGGAACCGCAAGCCAUCCAGAAGUUACUGCACACUCGUAAGACAAAACUUCCUACUGAUGAUGAAGUUUGUGCAGAAGAGAAAGUUGCUGAAUCAAAUCAAGUUGGAGCUAACGCGGAAACUAUUUUAUCCAAGUAUUGGGAAGAACGCAAAAAGUCAGAAAAACCUCGUAAACAACUUAUAACCGGACUUUUACCAAAUAAAUAUCAACCGGAACCAGUUGUUACAAAAAUUGCUUUCGCCGUUGCACGACCCAAAGCGUCACAGGAGGAGGGAGUGGACACUGGAUACAGAUUGACUUCAAAUAGAACAAACAAAACAACUGUUGUGACAAGUUCUUCACUCAUAAAGAGGAAAUCAAAAGAUCCAGCUCCCAAACAAGGCAAGAAAGACAUCUGUUCUCUACCGCCAGUUUGUGCGACUCUUAGCAAGCCCGCUACUAACAAACUAAAGAGCAAUUCUGCGCCUGCACAAUACCAACAAAGAUCACCGGACGACAUGAGACAAAUCGCAAAUAAAGGAAAAACACGUCAAGCCUCCACACAAUCAAUAAAACAAUUCAAAACAAAACCAAUUCAAAACAUUUCCUUUAAUCAACCAGAUGAAAUUGACAAAAUCAAUUUCACAAUGCUUUCCUUCUCAGGAAUCAAUAUCGAAGUGAUCAACCUUCGUCGCAACUGGCAAAAAUUAAAGCAAAGCGCAGGAGUGCCGAAAAAAGAUAGCAAAACAAAACGAUCCAAUAACAUCGAGCUGACGUAUUAUACUUUAAGCGGGAAAGAGGUGAACGUUCGAGACAAACAUAGUGGCGUCGUACGUGUUAAAAAUCACUACAAACGAGCGUUACAGAAAUGUCGCUAG